UGCUUGAAGCUGAAAUUCAGCACUAGUUCAGAACUAGUUCAGCACUUCUGACAUGCACAGUCUUCUGCUAACUUUUGUUUAGUCUGUUUCAGCCAGCACUAGAAGUUUUUCAGCAUCUCCUUUACUCAGAUUUUAUGAAACUUUGGUAGAUGGAAACAUGGAGUCAUGUUGAAAGCAUUUAGUCAUUCUUCAUGAAUGGUACCAUUCAAGUUGCUAAUGGAAUUCUUUUUUAGUUACAGGCCAAUAGUAGAUUAUAUUGACACGCAGUUUGAAAAUUAUUUGCAAGAAGAGCUAAAAAUCCGACGUUCCCUCUUUAAUUAUCAUGAUACAAGAAUCCAUGUCUGCCUUUAUUUUAUCACUCCAACUGGCCAUUCAUUGAAGUCCUUGGACCUGGUGACCAUGAAAAAGCUAGAUAGUAAGGUGAACAUUAUUCCUAUCAUUGCCAAGGCUGACACUAUUUCCAAGAGUGAGUUGCACAAGUUUAAGAUUAAGAUAAUGAGCGAACUGGUCAGUAAUGGAGUGCAGAUCUAUCAGUUCCCCACUGAUGAUGAUGCUGUAGCUGAGAUUAACUCUGUGAUGAACGCUCAUCUGCCAUUUGCUGUUGUGGGAAGCACAGAAGAAGUAAAAGUGGGAAAUAAAACGGUGAGAGCUCGGCAGUAUCCAUGGGGUGUUGUACAAGUUGAAAAUGAAAGCCACUGUGAUUUUUUGAAACUGCGGGAAAUGCUGAUCCGUGUCAAUAUGGAAGAUCUUCGGGAGCAAACUCAUGCUCGCCACUAUGAACUUUAUAGGCGAUGUAAGCUAGAAGAAAUGGGCUUCAAGGAUACUGAUCCUGACAACCAGCCAUUCAGCCUUCAAGAAACGUAUGAGACCAAAAGAAAAGAGUUCCUUUGUGAACUGCAAAAAAAAGAGGAGGAAAUGAGACAGAUGUUUGUGAACAAGGUCAAGGAGACUGAGUCUGAACUGAAGGAAAAGGAGAGAGAACUGCAUGAGAAGUUUGAACAUCUCAAGCGAAUACAUCAGGAAGAGAAGAGGAAGGUGGAGGAGAAGAGAAGAGAGCUAGAGGAGGAGAUGAAUGCCUUCAACAGGCGGAAGGUGGCUGUUGAAACUCUGCAGUGUCAGUCCCUGCUAGCCACUUCACAGCAGCCACUGAAGAAAGAUAAAGACAAGAAAAAUUAAUCUCACACAUAGAUUACAAUGCCAUGAGUGGACUCUGUAUAUUCAUAUAUAUGUUAAUUGCUUGUUUUCCCACCCUGUGAAUACUUCUGCCAUCCCACUGUGCAAAGGAAGCAGCAUGAAAAACUCAUCACCUGCCUUCUUUCAAGAAUGAAUGGUGACCAUGCAGGAGAUUAGCAUUAUUAAGAAAGAGAAUGAUUUGCUUUGCCUUUGCAGAUUCAAGGUGGAAAUUCUUCACACUUUUAGUUCUGAAAUGUUGGGGAUUUAAUUUAAGCAUAUUUGUUUUAAGCUCUUUGAAUGACCGUAUGUGUAUCAAGUGGCCCUAAAUAUGUCUAGUCAAUAUUUAAGAUGCAAUGGAGGCAGAGAGAAAGCAGCGUAAACUUUGCCAUUGGGAACCUGUUUUAUUUUCAUUUUUUGGAAUUUAUUUUGAGACCGAGAUAACCAGAAUGUUACUUUUGAUCAAAAACUAUUUUGAGGCAACACUUUUAACUUUAUAUUGAAAUAAGGAAUAUAAUAUGACCAAGUUUGGAGUUUCUGUUGAUGACUGAAAUAUUACUCCAGGCAAGUUUUAAGAGGACAUAUGUUUGCUAUAGGAUCUAGAGGAGAUAUGUAAGUCCUGUAAUUAAUUCUAUCCUCAGAUUUCUAAAUUAAAAAUGUCUCCAAAAUCAGUGGUAGAACAUAGAAAAUCACACUUUACUUUUUAAAAACCACAUCCAACAUUAAUCUCCUUUUAAAGAUGGUUCUUUCCCCUUAAGUACAACUAUGGUUUUUAGCAAAGUUGGUUUUGGUGAUUUUAAAAUAGUUCAUAAUUAUUGAAACUUUCAAGUAAGUACUAUAAUUUGUUGAUUAUGAUAGAGGUAAGGCAAAAAAAUGGAGAUAGCAUUGACAGCAGGGGUUUGAAAAAAAUUAGGCCAAUGAAAAUUAGGCCAGUUAAAAUGUUUAGAGGUUUUCAAAUCAUAUUUUUGUGCUGAUUUAAAUUAUUACUUAUAUACAGUCUGCUUUUUAAAUGCAUCUUGUCUCUUUUGUUACCUGCUUUGGGGAAAUGUACAACUGAAACGUGAGUCUGAAAAGGCUAGCUUAGUACAUGACAGGCAGUCCUGGGGAUCCAGUUGGUCUGUUUGUUGCCUAUGGAGAUCCAAAUUAACACUGGACUGUAGAACUCAAAGGGACCUUGACAAAUGCAAGAUUCCCAACUGUACAGUGUCUCCUUGUGAUGGAAAAUCAAUUAUACAACUUUCCUAACUGCAUAAAUAAGGCUGCCAGACAAUCAAGCCAAGCUUAAGUGAAGUAUGUUUAAGCUUGAUCUUAAUGCCAUUAAAGGAUGCAAACUUUCUUUGCCGGAAAAUUGGUAAGAGAACCAAAUGCACAGCAGCUGUUAGGGCCAGUUUGUGCAUUGCAUAGAACUGGAUGGACACAUAUUUUCUCUCCCUUGCCUUACUGUCUAAUGGGCAGCUGUUCACAGAACUUUUUGCUCAGGAAGUAUUUUAGUUGCCCUUCCAUUUAAAUUUUUGUCCGUGCUAGAGUAUUGCCAGCAUUUUAUUGUUCAAACCUAACAGGCAUUUUCUUCCCUUUUCAAAAGUAGAAUUUAACUAUGUUGUGAUCCUGAGGUUCUUUGUUUUGCACAUUCUCUUGCAGAAGCUUCUUGCUUGGAUGUUGAAAUACUGUUCAGUCUUUUGUUGUUUAACCUAUGGCCAAUAUCUGAAUAUAUUGAAAAUCAUGUUACAGUAUUACUUGAUAUUUUUAAGAGAGGAAAAAACCUCAUGAAAAAAACUGUAAGGGUACUUUUUAACUGCAAGCCUGUUAGUUAUACUUUUUUAGGCUUGCAUUUUAAUCUUUUUUCUUUUAUAAAGGCUGUGCCUUUAUUAAGAUAAAUAUAUUUUCUAAAAAGCAACUGGAUAAUUAGUGAAGGUGAAUUGCAGUGCAGAAUAGAUCUAUUGUAUUGUUAUGUAGAAUUUCAGUAAUGGGUAGCAGUUCUGGUACAUGAUUGGUUACUGGCGUAAAAUAAAAUGUAUUUUUCUUUGGGGGACAAAAGUUUCUUAUGAGCCUGAAAAUUAAUGCAUACUAAGGAGACUGCAGGGCAGUAGAAUAAAAUUAUAUCAAAUAUGCAAAGUGAUGCAGCUUAGAGUUUUUCUAAUAAUUGUGAAAGCCAGUAAGAUCUCUUCUAUGCAGAAAAUAUUUUUCGUCCAGUUGGCUUUCUGGACCUCAAUUUGAUGCUGUCCUGUUUUGGAAAUUAAGAACGUGGGAGUAAUAAUAAAAUAUAAAACACAUAGAAAACAUAGCCAAAUGGCACUAUAUUUCUGAUGAAGACAUUCAGAAUGUAUGUAACAAUAUAUUAAUUAUUAUAUUACUGUUGUUAUUAUGUGAGUGCAUAUUUUAUGUUGUGUUAUGUCAUUUUCAGUGAAACAUGGGCCUCAAUUUUGCCAUUGUCUUUGUUAAUCUGUUUGUAAUAGUCUUGCCCAGUGGAAACUAAUAUCCUUUUCUUGGUUGAGGUCUGAUUUGGUACUUCAUUUUUUUCUUUAUGGGACCAAAUUGCAUUUAGUAGCUCUAUAUAUUGUUAUUUAAUAAGUUACUAGCUGUUAUAAUGUGACACUAAUCAUAAAUUAAAUCAUAAACUAAGCUUGAAGAUUUACCUCUGUUGUGUGAAGAAAAACAGGAAAACACAACAAUCAAUUUGGAUUUUCCUAUUAUUUCCUAUAUUAUUUUCUAUAAUGUUUGACUAUUGGAGAGGUGCAUCUUCCAUUGACCUUAAUUACUCCAUAUUUUCCUGUUUUUCAAAACUUGUGUAUUCUUAGUAAUGGUUCACUUUAUGGUCUAUGUUUUCAGAAGCAAAAACUUCCAUCUGGACAAUCAUACUGAAUGAUAUUUUUAAAGUGUCAACAGGAGAACCCAUCAAUUUCUUUCAUGAAGUGUUAUGUAUUGUUCUCACGUUAUACUUUUAAUAGUUUUUUAACCACUUUUUUCAGCUUCCUUUGUACUUCUUUUUAUUAAAUAUUACAUUUCAUUUUAA